UAGGCGGAUUAAACCCGUAUUGCUUAUUUUUGCGUCCCAUAAAUGUAUUGAUGUGAACUUGUUUAAGCUGAAUUCAGAUCCAUUUAACGUGUAGCGUUUAAACACCAUUGGAGACAGACAGACUGAUUUUCUUUAAAUGCCAAAUUAUUUGAUCACCAAAUUGCCAUAAACCAAACACAUUACAGUUACAGUGAAUCGUGAAUGGAAGAAGAAAUGGUAGAGAAUAAGCAGGUGACAUUCAAGGAUUACAUAGCAGAAGGUCCCCCAAAAGAGACGGACAUGGAAGUUAGGGUUAGCAAAAUAGAGCUGAAACCGCCGGAAAAAGGAAGCGGCGGUUUGUUAGUGAAGAAUCUGUACCUGUCUUGUGAUCCGUACAUGAGAGGUCGUAUGCGAGACUAUCAUUCCUCUUAUAUUCCUCCAUUUCUUCCUGCUCAGCCUAUACAAGGAUUUGGGAUUUCGAAGGUGUUGGCUUCUGAUAAUCCUGAUUAUAAGGCUGGAGAUUUGAUUUCCGGAUUUACCAGUUGGGAGGGGUACAGCUUUAUUUACAGCUUCGAUCGAUUGAGAAAAAUUGAGCAGGAUGAACAUAUUCCUCUCUCUCUUCACCUCGGUCUUCUUGGCAUGCCAGGUUUCACUGCUUAUGCUGGAUUUUAUGAGGUUUGCUCCCCUAAGAAAGGAGAUUAUGUGUUUGUGUCUGCGGCUUCUGGAGCUGUCGGCCAGCUUGUUGGCCAAUUUGCCAAGCUACAUGGCUGCUAUGUAGUCGGAAGCGCCGGGACAAACCUAAAGGUUGAUCUUCUGAAGAAUAAGUUUGGAUUCGAUGAAGCUUUCAACUACAAACAAGAACCAAAUCUUGAUGCAGCUUUGAAAAGGUAUUUCCCACAAGGGAUCGACAUCUAUUUCGAUAAUGUGGGCGGAGACAUGCUCGAUGCUGCAUUGCUGAACAUGAGGAUUCAUGGCAGGAUCGCCGUCUGUGGAAUGAUUUCUGUGAACAGUUUGUCCGCUGCCCAAGGGAUUCACAAUUUGUUCAAUCUUAUAAGCAAACGAAUUAAAAUGCAGGGAUUCUUGCAAAGUGAUUACGUGCAUUUGUAUGAACCGUUCCUUAAACAAGUUAGCGACGACUACAAGCAAGGGAAGAUUGUUUACCUUGAAGAUAUGACUGAGGGAUUGGAAAACGGUCCGGCUGCUUUAGUCGGAUUAUUUUCCGGUAAAAAUGUCGGUAAGCAAGUUAUCCGUGUAGCUCGUGACUGAUUAUUUGUACAAUAAAAAUUCACUUUCGAGCCUCUUAACUUAAUUUUAAAAAUCAAAGGGUCCAAAUUCGUAAUUUUAGACCAGUUUAAUCCUUAAUAUGAUGUUUGCUUUAGAUCAGUUGUACCAAAUUAGAGGAGUGAAAUAAAUGUUUGUUGGAUUCUUUUA